AAGUAAUACGCGCGCGCUGCUCUGUUUCAUAUUUGAGGCUCUCGCAGACGCUGUUAUUGCUGCUCCACUGUUAAUUGGCUCUGUUUAUGGUAGCCAGACGAAGAGCGCUACACCGGUUCCGAUGAUCGCGUGCUCUCACAUCGUGUUCUCCCUCUAGUUGUAUUUAAACGCAUUUUGGGACAACGGCCUGCUCAGUUGUAAAUGCGAUACCGAAUUAAUUACGGCUGUUUAAAUUGAACACAACAAUAACAGAAACAAUUAUAACAGUGACUACAAUAAGCAAGUGUUGCCCGUACAGUUAGUUAAUUAGUUCCGCUCACCUUCCUCAGUGUCAGUGUCAAAUUUGAGAGUGCGAGAGUCUGACUUUAAACAAUAUUGAGCUUGAAAAAUAAAAUCUGCGCUUUUGUUUGCACAUUUUGUUUGCCAGUAAUUUUUCGUAAUUGCCGCUACAAUUUUGACGGCAAGAAAAAUCGGUGUCAAUAUAAUGCGUGUUUUUGUUUAUUUUAAAAUCAAAACCAUAUUUGCCUUUCCAACAACGAAAAGAACGCAUUUUUGAUUACAAAAAAAAAGAACACAACUUUUUGGUUUGUAGUUCGCAAUUAAGUUGGAAACCAACAACAACAGCAAAUCACAACUCAACAUCCGCUCCACUCCGCUCACUUUCACGCGAUAACGUCAUCUCGCCUGUGACGACAACUCCAUCAUCCGCAGUCCACCAACAAUACUAUAAAGUGUUCGAAUCUUUUAUAUUGUUUCUAUCAUUAUAACUAUUGUAAUUCGUUUUGUGCUGUGUCGCGUCAAAUCGUCGCAUCGCCGUCAAGGUUGUCAAGCAGGAGCGACCGCAGAGAGCUUUUUUUUUGUGCUAGCCGGCAAUCUACAAUCGUUUGUGUUGUUUGUAUUGCUCUGCUGCUUUCGCAGUUGCCACCGCAAAGGCGACGCCGCGUGUUGCUGCCCCUAUUUUUUAUAUACAAACGAACACACACUUUAACGCAAAAACAACAUUAAUAAGUAAAAACGUUUGUUAUACAACAACGCGUAAUACUCUUUAUUAAUUGCCAUUGAAAUCUGCAUCGCGUUGUACGCGUUAAAAAAUUGUUUCAAAAUUUGUACGCAAUUUCUCUUGGGCAACAUGAAGCGUCUGAUGACCUGGGAGCGGGAUCUUGUGGAUGCAAUGUAUGAGUAUCGGCAGACACGUUUCAGCUCGCGGCGUGUUCGAAAACGUGUGGUCUUCAAGCAUGGCGAGUGCAAUGUCGUCCAGGGGAACGUAGCCAAGAGAAGACGUCGCUAUCUGCAGGACAUUUUUACCACACUUGUCGAUGCGCAGUGGCGCUGGACGCUGCUGGUGUUUGCUGCAAGUUUCGUCAUAUCGUGGGCCUUCUUCGGCUUCAUCUGGUGGACUAUAGCGUUCGCCCAUAACGACCUGGAGUAUAUAAAAUUGCGGAACACACAGCCCGAGCUGAUCGUGAACAUGACGCACACGGUCUGUGUGACGGAGGUCAGCAGCAUGAUGACUGCCUUCCUCUAUUCGGUUGAGACGCAGACGACGAUUGGUUAUGGCAAUCGUUUCGUCACGGAGGAGUGUCCGGAGGCGAUAUUCACGAUGUGCAUCCAAUGCAUUACGGGUGUCUUCAUUCAGGCCUUUAUGGUGGGCAUUGUCUUUGCCAAGCUCUCGAGGCCCAAGAAGCGCGCCCAGACGCUACUCUUCUCGCGCAACGCCGUCAUUUGUCAUCGAGAUGGCUCUCCCUGCCUGAUGUUCAGGGUCGGGGACAUGCGCAAGUCCCACAUCAUUGAGGCGCAUGUGCGGGCGCAGAUCAUUCGGAAGAAGGUGACCAAAGAGGGCGAGGUGCUGCCCUUCUAUCAGCAGGAGCUGCAUGUGGGCGCCGAUGGUGGGGAGGAUCGUCUGAUGUUCAUCUGGCCCACAACCAUAGUGCAUAAGAUAGAUCGUAGCAGUCCGCUGUACAUGCUCUCUGCCUCGGACAUGCUGAAGGAGCGCUUCGAAGUGGUCGUCAUGCUGGAGGGCGUUAUUGAGUCCACGGGCAUGACGACGCAGGCGCGCAGCAGCUAUUUGCCUUCGGAGGUGCUCUGGGGCCAUCGUUUUGUCAAUGUAGUGUCCUUCCGCAAGGAGACGGGCGAAUACGAGGUGGACUAUACGCUCUUUAACAACACCUACGAUGUGGACACGCCGUUGUGCAGUGCCAAGCAGCUGGACGAACUCAAAUUGGAGUACACAAAGACCGCCAAGAGCGUCAUGGAUCGCACGCAAUCGGCGAAUAUGUUCCAGAGGUUUGCCUCAGCCGCUUCGGUCGAUCAUUUGGAUCCGGCCAGCGAUGAGUCGCUGGACUCCGGACGCCUGCAUAUACGCUCGCAUUCCAUACCAAACGGUGUGCUGGCCAGCGAGCUGGAGCCGUUAAACAACAACAAGCAUGGUGCUUGCUUCACCAUGGGUGGUCUGACGAUAACAACGACGGCGCCCAGCAUACCAAACCUAUCAAGUAUUAAUGAGAGAACCAGCUCCGGUAAUUCCAUAAACAGCAGCAACUACAGCAACAACAACAGCCUCAGCACUCUGCCCCUCAGUCCCAGUAGCGCUAGCACCGCCAGCGGGGCCACCAUUGUACCCAGUGCUCCCGGGAGCAAUGUGCGCUCCAAGCAAUCCAAUCCGCGACGCCUGUCCAUUAAGCAGGACCAGCUGCCCAUUGAUUCCAUGUGCUGAUAUUUGCGAAUCAGCUUGCGUCACCCGAUCCGCAGUUGUAUUCCAGGUGUAGGCGCUCCUAAUACUAAUACUAAUUGAUAUUAAUGUUAAUUUAAUGAUUUUUGCGUCUCACGAGAUAACGCUGUUUGGGGAAAGAGAACACUCAUCUACAAUUUUGGGUCUCCUUUGCCUCUGUCUCAACUCGGUUGAUGAUAAUUACUGUCGUUAGUUAUUAGCUUUAAUGAAUUUAUUAUAAAUAAGCUUCAAAUGAUAUUAAAAACAAGGCAAGCAACAAGAUUACGUACACACUUACAUAUACUAUAUAGUGCUACUAUAAUGCAUAAAAAAAAAAUGAAACCAAAAUGCUACAACUUCCUCGUUAGUUUGUAAUGGUAGGGAAAAGUUUGUUUGUAAAGCUCACAAAUUAGAUUUUACCGUGCUCCAGAAUUUUUAAGAUAAUUGUUAAAUGUUUUAAACACACAAACACACAUCUCCUAUUUAUUCCAAAAUUGUAAAACUAUGCUGCUGAGUGGAAUAAGUUAAAAACACAUGAGCUUCAAUUCAAAAAAUGUCUGGACAAUAAAAUUGUAUGUAAAUGUC